CUUCUCUCCUCUCCCUCCUACCGUCUGAACAGUACGUGCUAUGUGACGUUGUUCAGUGGUACGCAUGCGUACUGAGAUGAUGGGAAUUUCCAACAGUUGAGCAGGUUUCGCUGGCUUCGGCUAGCACUUGCCAAAGCUUGGUGCAGGUUCGGGCCAUUGACACCAUUGGGACUCUUGACUUGAUGCGUCCCAGUGACCUUGGAUCAUUGCACAAGCAGCACAAACAGAUUGACAACAAUGUUUCUUUAACGGACAGUAAAACAAAAGCCCAUUCUGACCUAAUCUAAAACAACAUUGGCCUGUGUGCCAAGCCAGGCUUUGAGCCACGAUUAAAGAUGGUCGUAAGAAUGCAUCCUUGCAGCCUGCAGCUGAGCUACAGCAAUUGAAAGCACCAUCUCUUGAGUAGAGGAUCUGCUGCGGAGUCUUGUUUCUUUUCUACUUCCCCCACCACGUGAUCAACACUGAGUGUGAGCUGCUGCACACAGUGAGUUUUGAUUGACCAACAUGAUGCUUCUAUGUGACAUCCUUGUGCAGAUUAUGAAAAGGGAGUGAUGCACUCUCAAAAAAGCGAACCGGCUGACUGUUAGUCUGCUGUAUAUAAUGGAUGCAAAGUUAAAAGAAGACCUGUUCCGGAGAUAUGUGGGGGCACUCGAGAGGCGCCUUCAAGAUGGAGGGGAAAAAUAUGGAAUGGCAAACUUGCAUGAAGGGGACAACGGGAGGAACAAGGACAGCGAGGCCCUACUUUCUACAGCCACGGCGCUCCUCGGGGCCUACCAGCCAGAUCCAGGACAGCGUUUCCGCAUGGUGCGCUUUUAUGAAGUGGUUGAGGGUUCCCUUCGCUGCCAAAGAGGAGGAAACCUCAGAAGCCUGGAGAGAGCUUUCCACACUCUGGAAACCAUAUGCACCAAUCUAUUACUUUUCCCCUGGAAGAAAGAGUUCAGAUGUAUUAAGACUUUCACCGGCCCCUAUGUGUACCAUCUGAAGUCCACCAUUUCUGAUGCCGAGCUUAGAUCUCUGAUGCGCACGAUCGGCUACACUUGUGACCACGACUCGCAGUUUUAUUUCCAGGAGCAUCUGGGAGGCUCGGCUCAUCUCCGGCAGUUGGCUUUUGAGCUCUUUCUAGCCCAGGCGGAGUGUCGUCUUCUGGGAGAGGUCGUGGCCCUGGCCCGCGGUUCGGCUUCGGAGUUGGAGGCCCUGGAACUCCGCAGGGGCUGCAGGGACGACGCAGCUGGCUGCGCCGAGGCGCUCCGCAGACGCGACAGCCUCGGAGCGGAUAUGGCUCGACUGUCUGUGCAGCCUCUAGAUAUCGAGAGGCCUCACACUCACCACCUGAGGCGAGGUAGCCGACCGUCAAAGUCGGUUGACGUGACAGAUGGGGCAGGUCACUGGCACGCAGCGGCGAGCAAACCGAUCCUGAAAGCCUCAUUGAGUUUGAGGAAAGAGCCUUUAUUCGUGGACGCCGAGGAGGAUAUGAAGGAUGAGAUCAUCAGGCCCAAUACCUCGGUAUCUCUAUUCUCCGUGGCGGCACCUCCUUCCUACAGCCCCAUUGUCGAUUUCUUCCCCACACAGUUGCCUCCCCCGGCCGAUGCGUACACAUCCUACCACCUUUCCUCGCUGGAUGAGAUUGACUUGUACACAGAGAGGGGCGUGGGCGGCACCAGCGGGAGGCAGACCCCCUCACGGCCUCCUUCCAGAGAGCCGAGAGACGCGCGAGACGGGUGGCUGCUCAAAUCUCAUGGCAGCGUGAAGUGUCAGAGCUGUGGACUGGGCUACUCCACGAUGGCUUCCUGCCAGAGGUGCGACAUGAUGCUAUGCUCUGCGUGUCACGACGUCGAGCCCUCCCCGUGCUGCAGCCUGCAGGACUACCACCCGAAAUCCACACGGCCGAUCGACGGCUACGUUCCUGUCAAGGAGAAGCUCUCCGUCUACUCGAACACGCACUCCCACUCGCAUCUGCACCCCCACCCCUUGGCACUGACCCACUCACACACUCACUCUCACCCUCACCCCCACGUGGUGGACAAACCUUUGUUGUCCACCAAGCUGUUUCCAAGCAAGUCCGUUGCUUUGACAACGCCAAAAGGCAGCAACGAGCGCAUAAGCAUGGGAGGGUCGCGAUGCGGCUUUUGCAACAAGCCGGGCGCAUCCCACACCUGCGUCAACUGCUCCAAGGUAUCAUGUGACUCAUGCAUGGGCUUGUAUGGCAACGACAUGUGUACGCGGAAGAAUCCCCAGCACAUGUUUGUGCCCAACCAUCAGCUCAAUUUCAAAUCCGGCACCAUAUCACACGUGGUGUACCGAUGAUCCAGAGAGAGCGAGGGUUUUACUUCUCCACGUUGUGUCCGAACCUUUCAAGAGCAGUAUCGCUCUGCAUUGUUGUUUAUGCGCCGCUGCUCGCAGACUGAGAGUGUUUUUGGACUCCCAAGUAGUACAUUUUCCCUCACUGGUGGUCGGGCCACAUUGUCUGAUUUCAGUUCUGGCCUUUUACCUACUAUGUACUACUACAACAAUUACCGUAUUUUCCGCACGAAAAGACACACUGGAUUAUGAGGCGCACCUUCAAUGAAUGGCUCUUUUGUAAUUUUUUUUGAAUACAUUAGACGCUUCGCGUUAAAAGGCGCAAUCUACAAUGCCUCCACUAGAUGGUGCUACGCUAGUUCCAUUCAACUCGAGAGGUGUCCGUUCAACUUGAGAGGCGUUAGUGACCGCCUCUGAAAAAUGUAAAUUAACUAUUGCUGUACUUAAAUGAAACUACGAAAAUUGAAAAUAAUUCAUCAAAACAGAAAACGAGCGAGGAAAUCACAAAAUAAAUUCUGUAGGGGGGGAUAUAGAAUCCCCCCCCCCCUAUAGAAUUUAUUUUGUGAUUUCUUGAUUUUCUUCGCGGUUUCAUUGAAGUAAGAAUUAAUUUACGUUUUUCGGAGGCGGCCAUGAACGCCUCUCAAGUGGAACGGAAGAAGGCACAGAGACGGACAAAGACAUACAAUACCUGUAUUUGCUGAAACUGUGAAACCUGUCUGGAUUUAAAAAAACAAAAAUAAAACCACAACCACAGCUAACUUUUUCUUCAACAAACUAACUUUUUCUGGUCAACUCGAGCCGUUCAUGACCGCCUCCGUAAAACGCACUGGCAUUUCCUUUAUUGUAGCUCCAAGAGUACAAUCAGAUAAGAUAAGAAAACCUUUAAUCGUCUCACAAUGGAGAAAUUCCCACUUUACAGCAGCAAAGUUCUGAGAGGAAUAAGUAGAAGAACAAAAUAAAUAGGAGCUGCUGGAAAGGCAGCCACUCUCGCGGCGCCAUCUUGAAGUCAAAAUAACACAAGAUGUCAGUUAUUUAUUCCUUUGUUGUGUAUUCACAAAUGAUGAAAUCACAAUAUAAAUUCUGUAGGAGGGGGGGCUAUAGAAUUUCUUUUGUGAUAUCCUUGCUUGCUUUUCAGUUUUAAUGUAUUAUUUUCAAUAUUUGUAGUUUCAUUGAAGGAAUCGUUAGUUUACCUUUUUUGGAGGCGGUCUUGAACGCCUCUCGAGUCGGAACGGAAGAAGGAACGGAGACAAAGACGUACCUGUAUUUGUUGAGACUGUUGAAAAAAAAAGAAAACCACAGCUCUCCUUUUUUUCGGAGCUGCAACACAAACUUAUUUAAUAAAGCAGCGACACAGUUCACUGAACCAACAGCAAAUUAUAACAUUGGAAGCAUGUCUCCAGGAAGGAGCGAGCCAUCUUGGAGUCGAUUGGAGUAUUACCGUAAUGACCAUAAUGACCAUACAAAAGGCGCACCGGAUUUUAAGGAGCUCGGUGAGCUUUUAAGAAAAUUGAAGACUUUUUGGUGUGGAAAAUACAUUUUGCCUUGCUACCUGCUCUUGACUAGUCAUGUGAUAAUGUAGUGCUGACCCAAUUUCUCCAACUUUAUCCCCUAAAAGGAAAAUCUGGAGUUAAAAAGUUAAACCUACUUGUAAGCUAAGAAAAAAAAAUCAAAUAUUAUAUAUCUAUAUAUGAGAGAGUAUAUUGUGUGUGUAUAUGUGUCUGCUGAAACGACCUGAUCUUGCAGCAUGCAGAAAAAUGACUUUUUUUUAUUCCUGAAAAAUACUGAGAAAAGCUACACUGGAAAUUAGUAAAAUAAAAGAAUAUAUAUUUUUGAAUCUUGAUUCUGUAGAAUAAUGUAGAUUAAAAAAAAACUUCCAUUAAGGCAAGGUAGGAAGUACUGUAUCUCAAAAGGACUUAUUGAGACAAUGAUCGAUGCCAUAUUCUAUUUAUAGUCAUGCCUUGUAAAUGACCCUUGCCACGUCCCUCAAUGGUUUCUAGUGGGCUGAUGUUUUGAUGCUGCUGUUGACUUGAGAGUUUGACAUUGUGAAAUGUUGACUCCUUUCUUGUGAAGACCUCGUUUGCAUGUGUGCGUGUGUGUGCAAGUGUGUUUGUGUUUGCGCGCGCACGCGUAUGCUUUGAGCCCAUUCAAGCCGCGUUUAAAAUCUCAGAACCUCUAUGGUUCAGGAUGCCGCAGCAGCCGCGCCGGUGCCAGAUCAGAGGUUUCCUGUCAAGUCUCAGGUGGAGUCACAGCAGGUGUCUGGGCCACAAAUCAAAUGCAUGCAGAUUUUCUUCAAGCAUAUAUGAAACAUGUUGUUUUAGAGUAUCUAAUGUGAAAGUGUUCUGUCCUGCUUUUUGUCUACCUCAAAGCACUCCAGCCAGUGUGACUUUCCAGACUUCUAACCUCCUGAAAUGUUGUGUUUCCCCACAUAUCCCAAACAAUCCACCCAAUAAGAGAUCAUUGAAAAAACAGUUAAUUUUUUUUCCAUUCCGAUCCAACAAUGUUGUUGGCACUUUCCCGGUCACAGUCGAAAAAGUGCAUGUGAACAAACACCUGUAAUUGUAAUGCAAUACAGUGUAAUGCAACUGCAGAGGCUUUGUGAUGCUUCAGGAGUCACGCGGUUGAAAGUUUUUAGAGCGGGGUUCGAUGGAUGUUAGUGUAUCUAUUAUAGUUCAGAACAUUGUGAACUUGAGAACAAACCACCACUGAUGCCGUGAUAAGUUAAGUGUGACUAAAAGCGUUCAGUGCAUGCUUUUUUGUUUUUGUUUUGUUUUUUCAUUGUAAUGACUUGGAGGGCAUGAAGGCUCUUAUCAAAUCCAAAUCUGAAGAGAUCAUCACUUGUUUACUUUUAAAAGAGGGAAUAUGUAACCAUGUAUUUUUCCCCCUUCCUGGAAAUCUGUAUAACUGAUAUGCCAUCGACUAACACUACAUAUUAUCCUUCACUUAAUUGCUUCUGCUCGACACUGGAAAAAAUGUUACUUGAGGGGGGGGGGGCAUUCGGGUUUGUUUACAGUUAAUGUAAAGGAAACUUCAGAGUGACGUCUUUCUCUUCAUGUGGAGUCUUCGUCACUGAGAGGCCGCAGUUUGAUAUGCUGCUGAGAUGACAACAUAUACCCAUACAAAUGUGAAAUAUAGUUUUUGUAUAAGUGGAUUAAACCUGCCUGACUUGUCACCCACCCGUGUCCCUCGUCCAGAUAAAAUAGUCCACAUUAUUAACAUCUGAAUAGGAAUCUAAGCACAUUGUAGCUGGUUGUGAGCUCCUGCUUGUCAUUGCAAGUGUGCGAAAUUUUAUUGGUAUGGUUUGUGCUCAGAAGCAUCAGCUUGGGUUUGCUCUCGCACGAGACGAUUCCAAUGAACUGAUUUCCUUCCACAAGACCAAUUGGUCAUACAUUGAGAGUUAAGUUUGCACAUUUAAUGCAGUGCUUUCAGUGUUUAAUGCAGUUUAUGUGUUUAUUGUGGCACCUCAAAUUGGCCAUUAUGUUCUGUUAAGUUGGUCAACUCUCAUUGUCUUAAAUUCAUGUCUGCCAUUUCCCUAAAGUAAUUUCUGCCUUUUCUGUACUUCAACGGGACCUCCCACAUGUGUAUCGGCACAAUGUUUCUGAAAAGGCUGUCAAUGGGUGUUGACGUUACCGAGAAGUCAGGUGUGAUUUAUGAAGUCUUUGUUUACCGAAAUACCAUUGUUUGAUUUUAGGGAAUGUUUGAUUGAACACACUUUGUUUUUGACUACUUGCUUAAAAAAACAAAACAAAAAAAACGUUUUAUGUUGCUCUGCCUCUCCUGGGGUCUUUUGAAAUUAAUUUGAGAACAAAUCUCCAGUUAUCGUCAAGUGGGGCAAACUUGUUCACACUGUCUCUAGUCAUCUUAGAUGUGCAAUCAUUUGUUUCUUUUUUUUUUUAAAUAAUCUUUACAUCUUCAAACGCGUGUACACACACACACAUUUAGUCGUCCAACUCUUGUCAUUGUGAGUCAUACCAGCAGCAGACGUGACUUUUAAAAGUUUUGCAAACGUGAUAUUGCCAAAAGAAGAACAAACGAUAAGAGGAUCAAAUCCUGCGGUCAGCCCUGGAUGUCUUGCAUUUGUUCCAUUCAGUAAAUGAAAUGGUUUUGCUAAAGUAUGGACAUGUCUGAAGAAUUUAACCUUUUUCACAGAGAACCAACCUAAGCGCCCUGAUUCUGAACAGCAAGACUGACCACUUAGGUCUCUCAAGGGCUAAACAGUUUUCAGGGCUGGAUGUUUUGAAAAGAUCUUUUAUCACAAGAUGGGAAUUGCUGAUAAUGGACAAGAUCUUUGUUGUUUUGCGGCGUGGAACAUUGCAUUGGGCUUUCUGAACGCUGUUGGUUGGAGGUCCACACUCCCUUUACCUCUGUGUGUGGUUGACUUAGUGGUUGAAUAGCUGCAAGACAAAUGUGAUCUAGCACUCAUAACCCCCCCCCCCCUUCUUCCAUCCACUUUGGCGCUGGAGACCAUUGCACCAGGUCUGGGUAAAGGUGAUCGACAUUCUAUGAUCAGUGUGUGGCCUGGCUUGGGGAUGGAAAGGGAAAAUAGCCAAAAUUGUUAACCGGUGAAAA